GCUUGUGCUGUGUAGUGUUGGCUGGUUCAGUUAGAAUGUCAAAGUGGGCUUGUGCAAGUGUGUGUGUGCUCGCCUCGGAGAGCGCAUGCGAACUGAGGCCCACAGGGAAAGCCUUUUCAGAUUUCAGCCAGCUGCCCUGCUGUAAACAGUUCAGCGCUUAAGAGUGGAGGAAGAAGACGAUGGACGCUGGAACACACAAAUCCCCAUCCAAACUACACUCGAAUAUCAACUCUUAGCACUUUCUUAAAGGAACGAGAAGAGGCCAGAGAGGGGUGGACCUUGCUGUCGAGGCUAACAAGCUCCUUUCCAAGUGCUGCUUGUGCUUCGUUUCCUCUCGGCUUGGGAGUAAAGGGCAUGCUGCACCAGAGGGGUGUUCUCAAUCAAACUAUCUGACCCUUGGGGUUAACUAAAAUCAGGCUCUGUGAGGCUCGCUGGAGGAGAGAGGGAACAGCAGUUAGCAUAAGGCUACUGUGGGGCUGCUGCACUGAUCGCACACAGCAGCAGGAGGGAAGAGGAGAUGGCCACAGGAGAAAUCACCACUCUACCCGCCACACCUGAAGAUGGAGGCAGUGGCGGCUUCCUUCCAGGAAACUUUAAGGAGCCCAAGAGGCUGUACUGUAAAAACGGAGGGAACUUCUUGAGGAUAAACUCUAACGGAAGCGUGGACGGGACCAGAGAGAAAAACGACCCCCACAGUAAGUAGUUCCAGUCCCUUGCAUGGCAGACAAAGCUUCUUUGAGUUUAAAGGGUAACAGGGAUGUAACCAUGAGGGAAAUCAUGGAGGACUGAAGGGAAUUUUACGAAUGAGUGUUUAUUUAUGGCUUCUACAGCAUUCAAAUUAAAGUACUUUGUCUAGUUCUUGUACAUUAGCCUUUGCAAGUGCUUUCGUGAAUGUGGUGGGUGUUUAUUUUGAUCUCAUUCAAGUCGCCUUGAUGUGUGUAACACGGCCAUUCAUUAAAACGUCACUGCUAUUACAUCACGUGUAACUGAAAUGUCCAGAAUUAAAAUAUGACGUAGCUUUCCUGUGAAAUGUGCAUUAACACAUAGAUAGACCAACUCGAAUCCGCAUAAAGGCCAUUGAUAGAAAUUGAGGCUCUAGGUUCGUGUUCUUAUCACUCUAGUAUAAUAUUAAAGUAUCAUUGAUUAGCUUUAAAUUUAACAUGCAACAACGCAUUGAAACCACCUCAUAACACACUAUCUAGUUGUUUUUUCUUCAGUGUAUGUCUCUCAGAUUGCAUCAGUAAUUGGGAGUAGGAGAAGGGGCCCAUGUAGAAGAGGGGGUUUUCAUCACAGGAAGUACUGCUCACUAGAUCCUUGAGUGAUAGAUAGGGGAUGGGACUUGGAACAGGUGCAAUCAAACAGCUGUCCAAAAACUAUCACAAGCAAUUAACUACUAUAGUAAGAAUGGAGACAAGAGACUGACUAGUUUUAAUGAAAAGGCCAUUGGCCAUUUCAAUUCUUGCAAAAUCUAAUUUGCUUUACAGCAACAUUUAUCUUCAAUCAAUAAGGCAUAUACACUAUUCUAUAAGCGUAGUAAUAACACAUACACUAAAAUGGAAGAGAAGCUCAUUUUCUGUCAUGACCAUUCAUUCAAAUAGAACCCUCAAUAUGAUUAAAGCAAGGGGUGAUGAAAUAAACCAUAGCUGAAAGUUUCACUUGACAGAUGUUCAGUAAAUACUAGAUGCUCCCUUGAAUGCAACAAGUACUAACUAUGUUUUCAUUCAGAGAGGAAUGGAUCUUCAUUACAUUAGUCAUUAAGAUGCCUCUUAUAUAGAAGUUAACAAUGUAUCAUCAUGUCCUAUCUUGCCUUAUGAUGUCUGUUUGAUAAGAACUCUUUUAGUUUCGUUUUUUUAAAUUAUGCUAUAAAUAUGCUAUUGAAAUAUGCUCCGUUGGCGCAGCACGCGUAGGCUUAUCUGACUCAACAAAACGUUUGAAGUAGUUAUAAGAUGGGCGCUUCAACCAAAUACAAACUUACAAUAAGCUAUUACAGCAUUAUUAAUAUUGUUUCUCAAAAUGUGAACACUGUGAACGAUGGUGAACCACAACUUUGAAUGGUUAUCUGAAGUUUUAUAAAAAAUAUUGUAUUAACUUGUUUGCCUCUGGUAUAUACUGAACAAAAAUAUAAACGCAACAUGCAACAAUUUCAACGAUUUUACUGAGUUACAGUUCAUAUAAGGAAAUCAGUCAAUUUAAAUAAAUAAAUUAGGCCCUAAUCUAUGGAUUUCACAUGACUAGGCAGGGGCACAGCCAUGAGUGGGCCUGGGAGGGCUUAGGCCCACCCACUUGGGAGCCAGGACCACCCACUGGGAAGCCAGGCCCAAACCCAGUGGUUUUCAACACCACUAACAACUAGCAUCAAUGGUGUUGCUAUCAAUUCUCUCUGAGACUAAAGUAAUUUUUCCUCCUCAGAUAAGCUUCAACUCCAGGCGACCUCAGUGGGGGAAGUAGUGAUCAAAGGGGUCUCAGCCAACCGCUAUCUGGCCAUGAAUGCAGAUGGAAGACUGUUUGGAGCGGUGAGUGAGCAUUACCUUCCUUAUAGCAGCACAGUUACCAAAGCAACUCCAUUCCAUCUGCUUUGGUAUUGUCAUGGUCUACAACUCUUGCUUUACUCUAACAGGGACAGUCCCAUGCCUAAGAUGAACGGUUUUCAUUAAGUUCAUGCUGAAAGCAAAUAUUAUCUUGUCAUACACACUGACAACAGAUUUUGCUUUCGUAUUACACUUGUUAGUGUGGUAGCAGUGAACGUUGGUACUUCUGGGAUACUGCAGAAGUUAGAGCAGAUGACUGACUCGUGUGGUUUUAUGGUUCGGAGGGCUCCUCCACAACGUCUUUAACCUCUACGGGAUCGGUGUCCCGUAUACGGGACGUUGAGCUAACAUGCGCUAAUGUGAUUAGCAUGACUGUUGUAAGUAACAGCAAACUUUCCAGGACAUAGACAUGUCUUAUAUGGGCAGAAAGCUUAAAUUAUUGUUAAUCUGCACUGUCCAAUUUACAGUAGCUAUUACAGUGAAAAAAUACCAUGCUAUUGUUUGAGGAGAGUGCACAACAACAAAAACUUAUCAUGGUAACUGUUUUGAUACAUUCACCUCUGAAGGUAAAUAAUAUACUUACAUUCAGUAAUCUUGCUCUGAUUUGUCAUCCUAAGGGUCCCAGAGAUAGAAUGUAGCAUAGUUUUGUUUCAUAAAAUGUAUAUUCAAAUGUUGUUUGAACCCCUGCUGUCUCUGGCUCCACACCCACCGCGCCCGGCCAUCUAGAUGUGUGAAAGUUAGUGUAUAAGCUAAUGAUCCAUCAUGUAUGACAUUUCUGGGAGUGUAUACAUUUACAUUUAGCAUUACAAUAUCAUUUUUGUAUAUUCUCUAUAGUUAUGUACUUGAAAAUGUAUCAAUUGACCAAUUCGCCACAUUUGGGCAGACUUGAUACAAAAUAGUGCAGUAUUGCAAUGCUUCACUGGAUCAAUCUGAAACUUUGCACACAAACUGCUGCCAUCUAGUGGCCAAAAUCUAAAUUGCAUCUAAACUGCAAUAUUAUAUUGUGGCCUUUCUCUUGCAUUUCAAUGAUGAUCGAACAAAAGAAAGAAAUAGAAAACACAUGUUUUUUUGUUUGUAUUAUAUUAUAUUUUACCAGAUCUAAUGUGUUAUAUUCUCCUACAUUAAUUUCACAUUUCCACAAACUGCAAAGUGUUUCCUUUCAAAUGGUAGGAAGAAUAUGCAUAUACUUGCUUCAAUUCCUGAGCUACAGGCAGUUAGAUUUGGGUAUGUCAUUUUAGGCGAAAAUUGAAAAAAGGGUCCGAUCCUUAAGAGGUUAAACCCCAGGGAGUGUUUCCUGUCUCUCCUUAAUGAGUAGCUAAUUGCCACUCACUGGCAGACACAUUACAGACAUGGCACCUUCACUGAUGUGGUCAAUCAUCCAGGAUCUGUUCUCACACAUUCUCUCAGGGUGGGGGAUAGUUCCAGUUUGGUGUUAGCAUUUUGGAAAAAGACUUGUGUUCAGUUUUAAAUUGGAAGCUGGAGGUACUGUAUGUUGUUCUGCACUCCUCCUUAUUCCCCACUCACCAGCUUUACGCACAAGGUCAUCUGUAUAGAGCUUACUUUCUAAUAUGCUCUAGUUAUUUAAAAAGGACUUUUCACUUUAAUGUCUUUUCACUUCACAUUUCCAUUUUAGCACUGCCAUUCAUGUCGGCAUGGAUAGUCUAUAUACACGACCAGUCAAACGUUUUAGAACACCUACUCAUUCAAGGGUUUUUCUUUAUUUUUACUAUUUUCUACAUUGUAGAAUAAUAGUGAAGACAUCAAAACUAUGAAAUAACACACAUGGAAUCAUGUAGUAACCAAAAAAGUGUUAAACAAAUCAAAAUAUAUUUUAUAUUUGAGAUUCUUCAAAUAGCCACCCUUUGCCUUGAUGACAGCUUUGCACAUUCUUGGCAUUCUCUCAACCAGCUUCAUGAGGUAGUCACCUGGAAUGCAUUUCAAUUAACAGGUGUGCCUUCUUUAAAGUUAAUUUGUGGCAUUUAUUUCCGUCUUAAUGCGUUUUAGUCAAUCAGUUGUGUUGUGACAAGGUAGUGGGGGGUAUACAGAAGAUGGCCCUAUUUGGUAAAAGACCAAGUCCAUAAUAUGGCAAGAACAUCUCAAAUAAGCAAAGAGAAACGACAGUCCAUCAUUACUUUAAGACAUGAAGGUCAGUCAAUACGGAACAUUUCAAGAACUUUGAAAGUUUCUUCAAGUGCAGUCGCAAAAACCAUCAAGCGCUAUGAUGAAACUGGCUCUCAUGAGGACCGCCACAGGAAUGGAAAACCCAGAGUUACCUCUGCUGCAGAGGAUAAGUUCAUUAGAGUUACCAGCCUCAGAAAUUGCAGGCCAAAUAAAUGCUUCACAGAGUUCAAGUAACAGACACAUCUCAACUUCAACUGUUCAGAGGGGACUGUGUGAAUCAGGCCUUCAUGGUCAAAUUGCUGCAAAGGAAUCACUACUAAAGGACACCAAUAAGAAGAGAGAGCUGCUUGGGCCAAGAAACACGAGCAAUGGUUUGGAGUCCAAAUUAGAGAUUUUUUGUUCAAACCGCCGUGUCUUUGUGAGACGCGGUGUUGGUGAACGGAUGAUCUCCGCAUGUGUAGUUCCCACCGUAAAGCAUGGAGGAGGAGGUGUUAUGGUGUGGGGGUACUUUGCUGGUGACACUGUCUAUGAUUUAUUUAGAAUUCAAGGCACACUUAACCAGCAUGGCUACCACAGCAUUCUGCAGCGAUACGCCAUCCCAUCUGGUUUGGGUUUAGUGGGACUAUCAUUUGUUUUUCAACAGGACAAUGACCCAACACACCUCCAGGCUGUGUAAGGGCUAUUUUACCAAGAAGGAGAGUGAUGGAGUGCUGCAUCAGAUGACCUGGCCUCCACAAUCCCCUGACCUCAACCCAAUUGAGAUGGUUUGGGAUGAGUCGGACAGCAGAGUGAAGGAAAAGCAGCCAUGUUUUUGCAGGUGAAGCUGGUUGAGAGAAUGCCAAGAGUGUGCAAAGCUGUCAUCAAGGCAAAGGGUGGCUAUUUUGAAGAAUCUCAAAUAUAAAUUAUAUUUUGAUUUGUUUUAGCACUUUUUGGGUUACUAUAUGAUUCCAUAGUGUUGAUGUCUUCACUAUUAUUCUAUAAUGUAAAAAAAUAGUAAAAAUAAAGAAAACCCUUGAAUGUGUAGGUGUGUCAACUUUUGACUGGUACUGUAUAUUCAGAUAUUAGGUCAUAGGGAUGGACUUUGUAUUCAAUGUAAAUUAAUACACUUUACUCUUUCCCAGUGUGCUACCCUCUGAAUUGAACUUCCUACUGGGUUAUUCUGUGUGCCUGUUAUAAGUGCCAGGGAAUGCUUCCAUGUAAGGUUAAGUAAGGCCAUAAAAGUUAUCCUCUACAGGUAGCCAUAGUUGAAUGGACAACAGGUCCCCUCUUGUUGGAUAUGGCAGGGAAUUCUGUUGGCCCUGCUAUCAGAGAUAUAUGAGCCAGAUGUGAUUGAUGACAUCAGAUCUUCCACAUGAACACAAAAUCGGUGUGGACAGGAAUAAUAAUUUAUAUUUUCCAUUAUUUCAUGUAAUAACAAAAAUGUAAUAACAAAAACUUUAAAUGUCAGAGGGUAGAAAACUGUGUGUUACUCAAAGUUAUUUCUUGCACUUGUCCACUAGAAAUGAACUGACAAUUUGUUUUACUAAUUUAAGAAUUGAUGAUUAUUCACACAUCUUUGGCUUGGCAAAACAUCUAGUAAAACUACUGAAAAAUAUAUUCAUUAGUGUGUGACAUUAAACAGGAGUUCAGACUUUUCUGGAGUCUCCAAUGAAACAAUGGAGGUAUUGCGGUCUGAGGUGUUUUACUGGGUGAAUCAACUUUUAUUUUUAAAAGCCAGCUUUACAAGGUUUUCCCUUUUCUCCACAGAGCGUGUAAAAAUGAACAAUAUUUAAUUCUGUCUAAAUGAAAUGGCGUAUUUAGAGGACAUCACAAGGACUGAGACAGAGCUUUGAUAAAAUUGUGUGUUGACAUUCCAACUACUAUUAUUUAAACUUUUCCCCUGGCCGCUAGAACCUAGGCUAAACUCCAGAUGAAGUUAUGUACAUGAAAUGUGUAUUAUUUGUUAUAUUAUAAAUAACCAUCAUUGCCCAAAGCUUGUCACUGGUGGACAUUCCCCAUUGAACAUGGAUUUUAGUCCAAGAGUAGGUUUAUUAAUCUGGGUUUGAGAAACCUGCCCAUUAUGUUUUAUUUCAUAAGACAAAGACAAGUUUUCAAAGAGUUUCAUUGACAUUUAUCAUUGGUUCAGUUUACAAUAUGAAACUGGAUCAAGUGUUUCAAAGAAUAAUAGAACUGGAUUAACGGUUAACAAAUGUAUUGUAAAUUGACCUCUGAUUUGCUAUCUCAUAUUCUUCCAACAUUCUCCCUCUCUUCAGAGACGGAUAACAGAUGAAUGCUACUUCAUGGAGAGGCUGGAGAGUAACAACUACAACACCUACCGCUCUCGGAAGUACCCUGACAUGUAUGUGGCACUGAAACGGACUGGCCAGUACAAGUCAGGAUCCAAAACUGGACCCGGCCAAAAAGCCAUUCUCUUUCUCCCCAUGUCGGCCAGACACUGAGCUCAGCUCGUCGUACCAAUCUUAAAGUCAGCCUGGCUUCACACAAACAGACAGGACAUGAAAAAAUACAUUGGAGCUUAUUAAAUGACUGUGACGACAUAAUCAUCCUGUAGUUAGGUUCUUUAACAGCAAUUCAAUUCAACUAUAUAAUGUGAGUUUGACUAGGGCUGCUUCAAAUAUUCUAGUGUACUUUGAUACUCUGCUUUUUUUCUUUAUUUAACAAUUUUGAAGGUACAUUAUUUAAGACGAAAGAGAAAGUGACAACACACAAUAUGCCACUUAGUAGUUCUGGGCUUUAAAAAUGUACUUUUUACUGCACUGCAGUACAGGUUAGCUUGGUCAUGCCCAGAACCUUACUUGAUAAAACUUUUAAAUAGAAUAUUGGGUUGGCAAAGCUAAAUCGAGCACAUCAUUACUCUCUAAAGUCAUUGCAACACAAACAGUAGACCUAGUACAAUACUACAGUAUAUUAUAUUUUACCUCGCAAUCUUAACAUAUGAAUGAUUAGUUUGAUUUUAGAACUUAGUGGCACUGAGCUUCUUCCCAAACAGAGUUGCCUAUUUCUUCAAAUUGUGUAUAUUUGCAUCUUUACAGACAGGAGGUACGACUUGUGAUUUGGGAAAAAUGUCCUUUACAGUGAUCAUCAUCGGGACCACCUUCCCUUGUAACAGUUAAUAAAAACCUAUUCCAGUCUGUCAUAAAUAUACACUUAAAGUAUUAUGGUGAAAUGCCAUCCACACGCUCAUUUGACUAGCACUGACGUGUUAGUGCCAUUAGCAUCGAUGCGCUAGGCUAGGCAGGUCCUAUCCUCAGGUCUAGUGUUUAAGUGCUGGAGGCAGCGCCCUGUGGUACAGCUGGUAGAACCUCCCUGAGUAGACAGCUGGCAGCUGCUCCAUAGCCAGGUCAAUCUUGUCGAAGCCCUGGUUCAGGCCGUGAAGCAGAAGCCUGGCUAGGCGGCUAGUGAUUGAGUAGUGGAGCUAGUCUUGCUUAGCUCGGUUAGCUCCAGCCACUCACAGCGCAGGCACUCCUGGGUGCAGAAGUUGAUGUCAUAUGUGAGGGGGCUGAGGCGGUAGAUGAUGUACAUGUCAGACCGAAAGCACCCGGGAGGUUGUGCUGCUGCCGGAUGCUCAGGAGGGACUUGAACUCUGAGCGGACUUGGAAAAAAUAAAUCGAUUUUAAAUGUUUGUACUGCUCUUUAAACAUCUUUGUUUUGAAAACCCCAUUACUGUACAUAUAUCUGACUGCAUAAUAAUGCUCACAGGACACAAAUACAAUGUGAGCACCCUUUACAACAUUUUUACAUUGUAAGUCAUGAAAAAUAAAUUUGGUUCUAAAAAGGGAAUUCGAUUGUACUUUAGUCACAUACACCACCGCUUCAGUAGGUGGGUCUUUGUAUCAAAAGCUGCUUAAAAAAAACUAGUUGAACUUGUAACUAGUAAAACAUUUAUUUGAAGUCUGUUUUAAGUCUUAAAAUUGUUUAGAUAUAUGCUUGAGUGUAGUUCACAUGAAUGUCUGAAGUGGCAGUUUCAAAAAGUAAACAUUCCUAUGAAUAGGUAUGUGUGUACGCAUUUAGAUAUUGUCUACGUAUGUUAUACGUUAUGUGGUUGCAUCACUGACCAAUGUUUUCUCCUGGAUCCGAGAGCCCUCCAGGGAACUUCCAUGCAUUUACUGUCUGAAAUGAAUUCACAAUAAUAUACUUUGAAUUAGGAUGCAAACUGAAUGGGCUGCAUCCAAAUAUUUUAUUUGUGAAAGUGUCCUCCAGUAUUGAUAAGUAUGUUACAAUUGUAUAUGGAUAGGGCCAAAUCCUAACUUACAUCCACAUAAUUCACACUUGUCAAAUGUCUGCAUUAAUGUUAAAUGUUAUGCGAUGCACUCAGAUCUAAAGAUAGGAUUCUGCUCUAUGAGCUAAAUAUUCAUUUUGAUGUGAUUGUAUGUUGUUAUUCUUGAGAAAAUCUAAGCAAUUAAGUUUGGUGUUUAGAUUCACCACACUUAAACUAUAUUUAAAGACAUACCGCUGCUGGUUAAAUUAUGAAGUAGUUAUAUACAUUUAUUGUAGCUCUUGAUUAAUUAUUAAUUCAAAUUCUACUUUUUGUUUGCAAUUAUAAAACAAUAUUUUUCUGUAUUUGAUUUGCUUGAUCUUGUUCAAUGUUUUGAUUAACUGUAAAGCACUACACUUAAUUUGAUUUCCUUUUGUAAACAUAACUACAAAGUGCUAUAUUUGUUGAAGCUACUUAUAUUUGCAACAAGGUAGGAAAAUUCAAGAAUAAAC